GGCCGCUGGUCCGAGUGUCAGGUGAACUGAACUUCAGUGGUCGUGUGAAACCAAUACUUGGCCAGUUCAGUGAGCUUGAAGACCUGCUGUCAAACAUGGAUGUUAAGCCAGGCAGCAUUGAUGCUGUCCUGUUGGAUGCUGGCUGUUCCUCCAUGCAGAUGGAUGAGGCAGAAAGAGGCUUUUCCCUGAUCAAGGAUGGACCAUUGGAUAUGAGAAUGGAUGGAGACACAGAAGAUAGACUGAUCAAGCGUUUCCUGCGGGGAGAUGACUUAUCUAAUCUGGAUCACUUCAGCCAGAGAAAGCAAGGCACCAAGAAGGAAAAUCUAUCGCAUGAAAAAAGAGACGGAAGUGUCUGUUGGCUUCCUCUGCGAAGAAAAGUGAUCACCCCAGAAAAAGACGGCAUUAAGGAGAAUCCUCGAGGACGCUCCUCCAAACUCAGGGCAGCACUCAGACGAUAACUAUUGGACAUUAAAUAUAAGACAAUAGAAGUUGUAAAAAAAAGUUGGAGCUUUUGACAUUGAACAUAAUUAAACUUCUACAAAGACUCAGGGUUAAAUCUCAGUAGAUUUGGUCUUGCUUUGUUACAGAGGAGCUCAGAGGUCAGUGUGUUACUGUAAGCUACUAAGUGGAUUUUAGACAUGAGGUGACUGUACUGUUUCCUAUUUGCUUUGUAAAGAACAAAAAAAAAUUACAAUUACAUUGAAUUAAAUGGAAAAAAUGUUUACCAGUGUUGAUUUCAUAGACCUAGUUUUUGUCAGCAACCUUUUUUAUUCUGACAAAAACAAGAUGAUAAGUAAAGAAAAACUAAUGCACGAGGACAAAAACUGUGAUGAAAUGUAUUGACAAUUUGGUGAAUGAAUAAAAAGGAAGGUGGGAGGAGUUUGGGGACAUGAUCCAA